AUGUGCAUUCACGAGAGAGAAGCAGUUCAAGCAAUAACUAAUCUUCAGAUUCCCAGUAGUGCUUCUGAACCUGUCGCUGAGCAAUCCAACAACGCCGAAUCCGCACCACAGCAGCAACCUCUGAUCAGUGAGGACCAAAGGGACGGAGAGGACGAGUCAGAUAAUGCUUCCUAUUCAGUCCGCGAAGACGAGGACGUAGAGUCAACCGAGCGAUUAGAAGGUAAACCAAAUAAAGAUGACGCACAUGAGGCUGAUGAGGACAGAGAUCCCACGGAAAUGCCUUUUGAACCCCCCGAUGAAGAAGAUGACCAAACUUGA